AUGUACAAGGCGAAGGAGAUCAACAUUCGCAAGUACCAGGAGGUGGCGCCGGUGGCCACCCCGAGGGGCUCGCCCACGACGUGCAUGGUCUGCAUGGAGGACUUCGGGCGCUCCGACUGGGUUUCGAUGCUGCCUUGUGGUCACUUCUGCCACCCCGCCUGCACGAACACGUGGCUGUGCGAGAAAUGGGCCUGUCCGCUCCGCUGCGAAGUGCUGCCCGCCUCCGAGCGCGAGAAGGCCGCCGCGCAGGCCGCCGCCGCGGCGGCCGGCGGCGCGGCGCCGCCCCCGCAGCCGGCCUCCGCCGCAGUGCGGAUCUCGGCCGCCGCGCGGCAGGCGGCGGCGCAGCAGGCGGCCCGCGACGCGACGCCGACGCCAUCGCCAGCGGCGCCCCGCGACGCGGCGCCGCCGCCCCGCCUCGCCGAGGCCGUGCAGCUGGCCCUCGCACAGCGGGCGGCGUCCGCGGCCGCCAGCGCCCCGGCGAGCCCCGCUCGGAGCACCGCAG